CUCCUUCUCUCUCUCCCUCUCUCUCUCUCUCCAUGACACUGAAACUUGGAAUCCCAGAGCCCUAUGGCGAGCCCCACCGCAAUUUCACCGGCCCGUUCAAAUGAAUGAAUCCCAAGAAAGUCCCAAGAAACUGAAAUGGGGAAGACAAAGACGGGGGCUUUCUUCUUCACUGAGCUUGUUCUAGUGAUCGCCGCCUCGAUUUCCAGAUUGGGUUUUGUAACAGCUACUACUGAUUCCAAUGACUUGCAAGGGCUUCAGGUUUUGUACACUUCACUAAACAGCCCUUCUCAACUGACUGGUUGGAAGGCGAACGGGGGUGAUCCUUGUGUUGAAUCAUGGAAAGGGAUUACUUGUGCAGGCUCUGCAGUUCUCUCACUCAAAAUUUCUGGGCUGGGAUUGGAUGGAACAAUGGGGUACAAUCUCAAUGCUCUUACAUCUUUGAAAGAAUUAGAUAUGAGCAGCAACAACAUUCAUGAUACUAUCCCAUAUCUGCUGCCUCCCAAUCUCACAUGCCUGAAUCUUGCGAAUAAUAAUUUAAGUGGAAGUAUUCCUUAUUCAAUCUCACUCAUGACAUCUCUUCAUUAUCUGAAUUUGAGCGGUAAUUCUCUUGGGCAACCUAUUGGAGAUGUGUUUGCAAACCAUUCUGACCUUUCAACCUUGGAUCUUUCUUCCAACAAGUUUGAUGGCGAUCUCCCACCUUCAUUGAGUUUGUUGUCAAAUCUUUCAACUUUUCGCAUGCAGAACAAUCAAUUGACGGGUACUCUUAAUGUCUUGGCCGACUUACCUUUGACUGAUUUGAAUGUUGCCAACAAUAAUUUCAGUGGAUGGAUACCGAAUGAGCUCAUUUCUAUUCCAAAGUUCAUAUACGGUGGUAAUUCAUUUACCAAUGGUCCCGCUCCACCUUUGCCGCCAUUUACCCCACCUCCUACCGGUAGGCCCCGCAGAAAAAAACACGCUUCACCGGCCCCACACAAAACUCCAAGUUCUGAUGAUAACCUAUCCAACAAUCCAAACAAGGGAAAUGGAAAACAUGGCAUUACAGUUGGAGCUAUCGUAGGCAUAGUCUUGGGAUCAUUAUUUGUGGUUCUCUUUACUAUUAUUCUGAUUGUAUUUUGCCUCCGGAGGCCCAGCAAGAAGGAAAUUGUAGCAAGGUCCUCCACGGAAAGUCUUCAUAUCAAUGCAGACAAAGAGUUGCUAGAUCAAAGGGCAAGGUCGACAUCUAAUAUAGUAGACUUGAAGCUCCCAUCAACUGAGAAAUCACUUAUUGAAAAGAUGCAAGGGAAGAAUGGUUCUUUAAGGAAAUCCUCUUUGACUGCUUCUCCAUAUACCGUGGCGGCACUUCAAACUGCAACAAAUAGUUUUAGUCAAGAAAACCUUGUUGGCGAGGGUUCCAUUGGUCGUGUCUAUAGAGCAGAUUUUCCCAAUGGAAAGAUUUUGGCCAUAAAAAAGAUAGACAGUGCAGCAUUAUCACUGCAAGAGGAAGACCAUUUUCUUGAAGCCGUUUCAAGCAUGUCAAGGUUGAGACAUGACAAUAUUGUCCCUCUGGUAGGAUACUGUGCAGAGCAUGGGCAACGUCUUCUUGUCUAUGAUUACAUCGGGAACGGAAGCUUGCAUGAUAUGCUGCAUUUUUCUGAUGAGAGGAGCGAACUGCUGACUUGGAAUGCACGUGUUCGAGUAGCUCUUGGCACGGCUCGAGCUCUAGAGUACUUGCAUGAAGUCUGUUUGCCUUCGAUUGUGCAUAGAAACUUCAAAUCGGCAAACAUUUUGCUGGAUGACGAGCUCAAUCCCCACUUAUCGGACUGUGGUUUAGCUGCUUUGACACCCAACACGGAACGCCAGAUUGCAUCGACACACGUGAUUGGAUCAUUUGGAUACAGCGCCCCUGAGUUUGCAUUAUCCGGAGUAUACACCGUGAAGAGCGAUGUUUAUAGUUUUGGUGUGGUAAUGUUGGAAUUGUUGACGGGAAGGAAGCCACUUGACAGCUCGAGGGAGAGAUCGGAACAGUCACUAGUGAGAUGGGCGACACCUCAACUUCAUGAUAUUGAUGCCUUGUCAAAAAUGGUCGACCCCGUAUUGAAGGGCAUGUAUCCCGCCAAGUCCUUGUCUCGUUUCGCUGACAUUAUUGCCCUUUGCGUUCAGCCGGAACCGGAGUUUCGGCCACCCAUGUCGGAAGUGGUUCAAGCGCUGGUUCGGUUAGUCCAACGGGCAAGCGCGGUCAUAAGAAGGUCGAACGACGAGUCGGGAUUCUCAUUCAAAACCCCUCCCCACCAUACCGCCGCCCCCGACAUUCCAUAGAAGUUUACCUCUGCAAUUUUGUAUGUAACUUCAGCAGAGGUGAGAUGAUGAGGGAGCCAAAACCCAAGCCAGGAGGGUAAAUCCAACAGCUAUGAAUUAACCCAGUGAGGUGAAAAAAAAGAUGUAAUUAUCUGUCAGUAGUUGAAGUCAACGGUAAAUAUUUUUUUAUGACAAAAAAUAUUCUUACUUGUCCUUUCACCUUUGUUGUUCCAUAUUUACUUGCCAUUUUCACUGCACAUUCUUACCUCUAAAGAUUCAAUGGU